UUGAGACUGUGCUGUUAAUGUGAUGAAAGAGAAAUUAUAUUUUCUCAGAAACUCAUGUGAAUCAAACAGUGAAAGAUCUUCAAUCAUAAGCCUCCCCAUUAAUUUCCAGGAAAGCCCACCAAUACAAUAAGCAAGGGUCUACUUAUGAAUGCCAACUUGCUCUCUUGAGGAAAAUCUCAAAUCCCAAAACUCAAAAGCAUCGGCAAAAUCUGAACCCAAAAUGAUUUUUCUGGGUUAUAUGUUCGAAGUCACUGUCAGAUAUGGCAAAGUGAAUGCAACCCCACAGGAAUUCCAUAAAUCCAUUGGUCACCACACAUUAAAUGAAAAAAACAUGGAAAUUAAGACCAGACGCUGACCUGAUCACUCCAAUAAUGAUUAAAGUGAUCUCAACAUAAGAUUGGAAUUGUCUAAAAAGCUAAAACCCAAGAUUUGAAGAGAAUUUCUUCUCACCUCAACCCCACUCCAACCAAAAAAUGAAAAUAAAACGGAAGGAGAUUUACAUUCCUUGUCUACUUGCACCAUUACUAAUGCUGCUGCUGCUUCAAGAACUUAGCCCCCAUUACAGAGUUGCUGCUGCUGCUGCUGGUGCAGAUAACAGACAAUGUGAUGGUUCAAUAGAAGAAUGUGGUGACAUUGAUGAAGAACUUGUAAUGGAAUCCGAGUCAAAUGGAAGAAUUCUUCAAGCUACCAGAAUCAGUUAUGGAGCUAUCGGGCAUGAUUGUCCGGCAUGUGGUGGCCCUGAAGGUCAGCCUUACAGCAUAAGCUGUCUACCUCCAUCAUCAAAUCGAUAUAAUAGAGGUUGCUCCAAGAUUUACAGGUGCAGGUAUUGAUCAAUAUGAUCAUGAUCAGGAAUAAAAAUGUACUUUCAAUUUGUGGUUUUUCUUACUCCCAAUAUAGUUUUUCUCUUUUCCUUAAUGCAGAUUAUGAUUAUUAUUGCUGUUUUUUUUUUCCCCUUAAAACCAGUACAUUAAUGAAGUUCAUUAUAUUCAGUAUUGAUCCAUGUAAA